UCCGCCGGUGAGCGGGGUGGAUGAGGCGGGCUUUAGCCUCAGUGUGGACUGGCCGUGCUGGCUGGAGCCAUAACCGAUCAGCCGAGCAGGGACUGGGGAGGGGGGUUACAUAUAUAUGUGCGCCGGGAGCCCAUCCCCACUGCGCCGCGACAUGCUCCAGCAGCCCACACACACUCCAGCAAACACCGCGCUUCUUACCGCAGAGACACCGAGAGAUGACAGCGCGCAGAGCCGCUUCACAGCCGCUCCACGAGAGGAAGGGAGCGGCGGAGCGGCCGAAGGCUAACCCCGACUGGGUCUGUCUCUCCCCCCGACAGGAGCCGGAGAAAGGGCCGGCGUCCGCGGCGGGGAUCCAUGCCCAUGUGGUGGGGGCUGUCGCCGGCUCCGGGGCGGCGGAGGAGUCCUCUGACAGCGAAGCGGAGCAGGAAGGCCCCCAGAAACUCAUCCGGAAAGUGUCCACCUCCGGACAGAUCAGGAGCAAGACGAGUAUAAAGGAGGGCUUGCUGCUGAAACAGACCAGCUCGUUCCAGAGGUGGAAAAAACGCUACUUCAAACUGAGAGGCCGAACUCUCUACUACGCCAAAGAUGCCAAGUCCCUUAUCUUUGACGAGGUGGACCUAUCAGAUGCCAGCGUCGCAGAGUCCAGCACAAAGAAUGUCAACAACAGCUUCACAGUGAUCACUCCGUUCCGUAGGCUCAUCCUCUGCGCCGAGAACAGGAAAGAGAUGGAGGACUGGAUCAGCUCGCUCAAGUCCGUCCAGUCCAGAGAGCAUUACGAGACGGCACAGUUUAAUGUGGAACAUUUCUCAGGGAUGCACAACUGGUACGCCUGCUCCCAUGCACGGCCCACCUUUUGCAACGUCUGUAAAGACAGCUUGUCUGGGGUCACGUCUCACGGCCUCUCCUGCGAAGUGUGCAAAUUCAAAGCCCACAAACGCUGUGCUGUCAGAGCCACUAACAACUGUAAAUGGACGACCCUGGCCUCCAUAGGGAAGGAUAUUAUUGAGGAUGAAGACGGGAUUGCGAUGCCUCACCAGUGGUUGGAAGGCAACCUGCCCGUCAGUGCCAAGUGUGCCGUGUGUGAUAAGACGUGUGGCAGCGUACUGAGACUGCAGGACUGGCGCUGCCUCUGGUGCAAAGCGAUGGUGCACACAGCCUGUAUGGAUCUGUACCCUCGCAAGUGUCCUCUCGGUCAGUGCAAAGUCUCCAUCAUUCCUCCUACAGCGCUCAACAGCAUCGACUCCGACGGCUUCUGGAAGGCCACCUGUCCCCCGUCAUGUGCCAGUCCCCUCCUGGUCUUCGUCAACUCCAAAAGCGGCGACAACCAGGGAGUGAAAUUCCUGCGGCGCUUCAAGCAGCUCCUCAACCCGGCACAAGUCUUCGACCUGGUCAACGGCGGGCCGCACCUCGGUCUGCGCCUUUUUCAGAAGUUUGACAACUUCCGGAUCCUGGUGUGUGGAGGCGACGGCAGCGUGGGCUGGGUCCUCUCCGAGAUCGACAAACUCAGUCUUCACAAACAGUGCCAGCUGGGGGUGUUGCUUGGGACGGGCAACGAUCUGGCGCGGGUGCUGGGCUGGGGCCCUUCGUGCGACGAUGACACCCAGCUGCCCCAGAUCCUGGAGAAGCUGGAGAGAGCCAGCACCAAGAUGCUGGACCGCUGGAGCAUCAUGACCUACGAGAUUAAGAUCCCGCCCAAACACAGCUGCCCCACCACGCCCGAGGGAGCCGACGACUGCCAGUUUCACAUUUCAGCCUACGAAGACUCGGUCGCCGCUCACCUCACAAAGAUCCUCAACUCUGAGCAGCACUCUGUGGUCAUCUCCUCCGCCAAGAUCUUGUGUGAAACGGUGAAAGAUUUUGUUGCCAAAGUCGGGAAAGCCUACGAGAAAAGCGCAGAAAACGCGGAGGAGUGCGACACGAUGUCUCUCAAAUGCGCCAUCCUCAACGAGAAACUGGACUCCCUCCUCCAGACCCUCAACUCCGAGUGCCCCUCUCUGCCCUCGCUGCCCCACUCCACUCCCCCCAUAGUGGAGGAGGAGCAGGAGGAGGAGGAGGAAGAGGAGGAGGCCAGCGAGGAGAGCCUGACAGAGCUGAAGGAGAAGCUGGAGGAGGAGGAGACGGAGAAGGGAGGAGGAGGCGCCCCGCACCAGCUGUUUAAAAGCAGGGAGCAGCUGAUGCUGCGGGCCAACAGUCUGAAGAAAGCUGUGAGGCAGAUCAUCGAGCAGGCCGAGAGAGUUGUGGACGAGCAGAACGCCCACACAGACGACGACACGGAGCUGCCGUCCCCCCUGGAGUUCAGGAAGGACAGCGAGGAGGAGAACAGAGACAGUGAGAAGGACGAGGACACCAAAGAGCUGGAGGCAGUGACGUCUGCUAAGAGUCCCUGUUCGCCCACGGAGCGGAGGGUGAGUCGCAGCACGCAGUCCUACGGCUCCUUCACCAUCACGCCCUUCACCACCAGCAAGGAGAACCUCCCCGUCCUCAACACCCGCAUCAUCUGCCCCGGCUUGCGGGCAGGUCUGGCUGCCUCCAUCGCCGGCAGCUCCAUCAUUAGCAAGAUGCUGCUGGCAAACAUCGACCCCUUUGGUGCCACGCCCUUCAUCGACCCCGACCUCGACUCGCUAGAGGGCUACAUGGAGAAGUGUGUCAUGAACAACUACUUUGGCAUCGGCCUCGAUGCAAAGAUCUCCCUGGAGUUCAACAACAAGCGAGAGGAGCAUCCGGAGAAAUGCAGGAGUCGUACCAAGAACAUGAUGUGGUACGGUGUUUUGGGCACGAAGGAGCUUCUGCAGAGAACCUACAAGAACCUGGAGCAGAAGGUCCAGUUAGAGUGUGACGGCCAGUACAUCCCGCUGCCCAGCCUUCAGGGGAUCGCAGUGUUAAACAUUCCCAGCUACGCAGGCGGGACCAACUUCUGGGGCGGCACCAAGGAGGACGACAUCUUCUGCGCCCCGUCGUUUGAUGAUAAGAUCCUGGAGGUUGUCGCCGUUUUUGGGAGCAUGCAGAUGGCCGUGUCCAGAGUCAUCAAGCUGCAACACCACCGCAUAGCACAGUGUCGAACAGUGAAGAUCACCAUCCUGGGGGACGAGGGGGUUCCCAUUCAGGUGGACGGAGAGGCCUGGAUCCAGCCUCCGGGAGUCAUCAAGAUCCAGCACAAGAACAGGGCUCAGAUGCUCACCAGAGACCGGGCGUUUGAGAACACGCUGAAGUCGUGGGAGGACAAGCUGAAGUACGAUAAGCCUCCUCUGCGUCCUCACCUCUACCCGCAGCAGUCCGUGGAUCUGGCUACAGAGGAGGAGGCCGCCCUGGUGCAGAUGUGCGCCCGCGCUGCAGAGGAGCUCAUUACAAGGAUAUGUGAGGCUGCGAAGACCAAUGGGCUUUUAGAGCAGGAGCUGGCCCACGCUGUUAACGCCGCGUCUCACGCCAUCAACAAGACACACCCCAAGUUCCCCGAGAGUCUGACCAGAAACACAGCCAUAGAGGUGGCCAGCACUGUCAAGGCUCUGUACAACGAGACCGAGUCUCUGCUGCUGGGCCGAGUCUCUCUGCAGCUGGACCCGCCGGAGGAGGAGCAGCUGUCCGGGGCUCUGCAGAGUCUGGAGUUAGAACUGGGCAAACUGGGAGAGAUCCCCUGGCUCUACCACAUACUGCAGCCCAACGAUGAGGAGGACCACUCUCUGGGUUACGGCAAGAGGAACAGUCGCAGCAGCAUGUUUCGCAUAGUGCCCAAGUUCAAGAAGGAGAAGGCGGCCAAGAAGACGAGCCCUCAGUCAGUGGAAAGAUGGGGCACAGAGGAGGUGGGCGUCUGGCUGGAACAGCUGAGUCUGGGGGAGUACAGGGACACCUUCAUCCGACACGACAUCCGAGGCUCGGAGCUGCUGCACCUGGAGAGGAGGGACCUGAAGGAUCUGGGGAUAUCGAAAGUGGGUCAUAUGAAGAGAAUUCUCCAGGGAACUAAGGACCUGGCCAAGGCCUCAAUGGUUGACCUCUAACCCGGUAGCAGACGCUGCCGGAGAGGGGAAACGAACAUCCCCCUCACAUCAGUGGAGGAGUUUGGGAGCACCGAAGGCAGAGAAGGAAAAGAGAAGGUAUUCAAGGAGAGCUGGAUUUGAUCCCUCUGCUUUGUGAUGUUGUUACCAAGAUAC